UUUUAUUCAUUUCAUACACCAUCAGCUCUAAUGAUUACAUUAUUUUUAUCUCACACUUACUCACAACCUAAAAAAUACUUUGUGUUAGUUUCUAAUAACUCAUUCUGCUUUCUCCAAGAAGGAAUAAAAAUGAUUUCUUAUUGUGACCAAACUCUACCCAAUAUUGUGAGGUGGGCCUAUUUAAGAGUAAGUGCACCAACUCCAAACUUCCCUCCCUCUUUCUCUAACCUCUUACUAGCACUAUAUAUAUAUGAAAAUUGUUGCAUGCAUUUUUCAUCACUCUCUUCUCAAUAUCCAAUUCAGACCUAAAAAAGAAAAAAGAAAAAACAAAAAUUCAAAUUAAACUAGGAAAGGAUGAGCAAUUUAAGUAGAGUUGGUUUGAUGAUGGUAUUGAUGGUUUACAUGAGCAGGUUAGGAGCAGCAGCAGUUUAUACAGUGGGCGACUCCACAGGUUGGGCGAGUGGAGCUGACUACACCACUUGGACUAGCGACAAGGCCUUUGCUGUUGGUGAUACCCUUGUUUUCAAUUACUCCCCUGGGCACACCGUGGAUGAGGUGUCACAAGCGGACUUCCAAUCGUGCACCACCGGCAACUCCAUAACCACGGACAGCAGUGGGGCCACCAAAAUCACACUCAAGACAGCUGGAACCCACUACUUCAUAUGCGCCAUCCCUGGCCACUGUGCCGGCGGGAUGAGGCUCGCUGUCCCUGUGGCCGCUGGCGGCACCACCACCACCACCACCACGCCUGCCACCGCUACCACCACCACCACCACUUCUCCGGUGCCGCCAACUCCACGCGCCGGCAGCUUUGCGCAGUCGGCGGCAGCGGCGGCGGUGUUGUCUCCCGGGAUGGCGGUGAUUUUGGGCUUCGUGGUGGUGGGUUUUAAGAGUUUGGUGUUUUGGGUUUAGUUAUGUGGCCGGGACAGUGGCAGUGCCGUAAUUUGUUUCUUUUCUCAUUCUAUUUACUCAUAUUUGAUUCUCAUCUUAUACAAUAUUGUUGUGGUUAUUCAUGUUCCAUUUCUAGUUGUUUUGUUUGUAAUUUUUUCUUAAUCUUUACGGUACUUUUGAUGGUCUUUAUUGCAUUUUGGGUCGAGUAAAUUUAACUCAACUAGUGUGUAUCCCGUGUAAUGUACGGAUAGG